AUGCUUUUCCUACAGGGAUCCAAGGGUGGACCAGGCGAUCUUGGACCUAAAGGAACAACGGGAGAACUGGUACUGCUAUUAAAUUAUUUAAGUCAAGAAUCGCAACUUUAUUUACUUUUUUAAAGAAAAUCACCUUAAUUUGUGAAAAGAAAGGCACAUUUCUGUAUUGUCCCGCUAUUCUUUCUUCGUUCUAUCGUUGUUUAGAGCACAAAUAUUCAAGGGUAAGUCACUCUAAAUGAUAUAAAAAAGGCAAAUUUUUGCAUUGUCCUGCUAGUUUAUUUUCGUUCUAUCGUUUUUCCUUUACCUAAUGUCUCAAGCUUCUAUCUUCUUUAGUUUGACAGAACGACUUGAUGUAGAAAAAUACUUUAAUUUAUUAUGAUUGCAUUUAUUAGUGCUUACAAUUUACCCAAACCGUCCGAUUGGGAAUCUCAUGCUAAAACAUUUAACGAUUAAAUAUGACCAUGUGGAAGAAGGAUACAUUACAAGGUGUAGCCAAAUCAGCUGGAAAGAGCUAAUUAUAAAGAAGAGUGUAAAAUAGCAUCGCCUCAAAUGACACCCAACAUUUUCUGAAGAGAGGCGCUAACCAUAAGUUCUAUUCCAACCAUUUCUAAAUGAUUAGUACCUCUAGUGAAAACAAACCUUUUUCUGAUGUACCUGUUGUCCAACUGAGAAAGCCACUGGUUUUAAACUUGUAGGGUUCCAUUGGUAGUGCAGGUGAACCUGGUGAAAUGGGAAGUCCAGGAGACCCUGUAAGUUAAAUAUAGACUCAACUUUCUGUAACAUUUGAUGGUAAUACUGCGUGAUUUUUCACAUCCUUAUCAUGUAAUGACUGUUAUUACAGCAGUCGAGGCCUGCAAACAAAAUUUUACUUUCAUAUUCACUGUAAAGAGUAUACUUUUCUGUAUUGCUGUGAUAUCGUGUGCAUUUGGUAUAAACCUCUCGAUCUAGCGGCCGGCGUGGCCAGUAAAAAGAGAUCUUGUGAGAUUACUCAUGCCAGCAGUACUUUAGCGUGGCACUGUUUGUCAUGCUCUGUAAUAAGGCCCUAUCUUUUUAAGGACAGAUUAUGUAAGUGAAACUGACAGGUUAAACCUUUUAUUUUUGGGCCGUGAGUAAUCAGAACUUUCUCGUACUAAUGUUGCUUGAGCUCGCCCUUGCGUGGUGGCUGGUCCUCUCAAGCUGUUAAUAAACUCGUAUGACUGUGUGCGAUGAGACUAUUUCAGCUAGAACCAUCGCCUGAUCCUAAACUGGGUUCAUGGUAAUAAAACUACUGAAAAGUACUUGCUGACGAUUUUGUUUGCUAUGAUUUCCAAGGCUAUGUUUAAUCUCAAAAUUUUUUAGGGAAAUAGAGGUCCUCCCGGAAAUCUAGGAAGGCCGGGGCCUCCCGGAAGACCGGUAAGAUUACAAUUUGGUCGUUUUACUUCAUUACUUCUUGCUUGUUGUUUUAUUUUUGUGGCGUUAUACAUUUGUGCAAUAAUUUACGAAUCCAGCAGACGUUGUUUGUCUUAUACUAAACUCUUUCCGCAUCUUUGAAAGAGCCUUGUUUGUUUUUACAACAUAUAUGCCAUUGGAGACAUGUUAUCUAACGGCCACUAGAAUGAGCCCGCAAACUCAGUUCUUUUGAUAUCAUGUCGUUUUCAGGGCCCUGAAGGUAAACCAGGAAUAGAAGGAAGACCAGGAAUUCCCGCCUCAAAGGUUUGUACAGAGACUGCAAAUUUAGAUUGUGAAAGAGUACUUAAAAGGAGGAUAACACCAUCCUUCCCUCAUGCAGUGUGGUCAAACUAUAUUAUGAAACGGCAGAACCCUUUUAGCGUGACUCAUUUCAAUGUGGCGCGGCGGAGGAAGUAAAACAGUAUCGAUUGUGCGGUAGAGCUUCACGAAGAUGUCGAAGGUUCCUUUCUUGGAUCUAAGAUUUUGUUUACCGUUUAAGCCAUUUGCCAUUGUUUAUUGAUAAACAUGACUUUAUGCGGACAAAGAGCAUUAAGAGGAUGAUUUGGAAAAAACAACUAUACGUUCUUUUUAAAUUUUCCUGAAUAAAAGAACCGCGAGAUAGCUUCGAGGUAACGCGAUGUUUUGUUUUCACUGACACCCACUCAAAAGGUAAAACAAAAUAUAAGUCGUCACUUGCUGUUUAGCAUUACACUUCAAUAUCAUAAAGUAAUUCCGGUUUGGUUACAAUUUGAACCGAAAAAAAGGAACGUAAAACUUUCGUCCCCGGGUGGGCUCGAACCACCAACCUUUCGGUUGCCAAUGUUGAGGUAACAGCCGAACGCGCUAACCGAUUGCGCCACGGAGACGUCAAUACUUAGAUUCGCAAGUUACAGGUUAAAAAUAAAUAGAAAGAGCUGUCUUUAUCAUUUCCUUUUCAUUUCUAUUCAAUUAAAAGAUAAAGAUAAGCUUUAAAAAAGAAUGUAGAAUCAUUCCUACUUCAAAGGUUUGUACNUAAAGUAAUUCCGGUUUGGUUACAAUUUGAACCGAAAAAAAGGAACGUAAAACUUUCGUCCCCGGGUGGGCUCGAACCACCAACCUUUCGGUUGCCAAUGUUGAGGUAACAGCCGAACGCGCUAACCGAUUGCGCCACGGAGACGUCAAUACUUAGAUUCGCAAGUUACAGGUUAAAAAUAAAUAGAAAGAGCUGUCUUUAUCAUUUCCUUUUCAUUUCUAUUCAAUUAAAAGAUAAAGAUAAGCUUUAAAAAAGAAUGUAGAAUCAUUCCUACUUCAAAGGUUUGUACCAAGAGGAUAAAUUUUAACCGAGAAGAAGGGGAAAAUAACUUUUAGACAAAAAAAAAAAUUACAAGUAAAGAUGCACCUAAUUGCAAUGACGUUGUGAUAGGAAAACGCAAAAGAAAAACGAGAAGGAAAAUGUAAAAAGCAAAAUAGUAUCCUGGGGCCAGGCUCCGCAUUGGGGAAAAAAGGAAAAAAAUCGGCGAGCGAAGCGAGCCGAGAGGUAGUGUGGGAAGGGGAAAGGGUGGCCUCUUCCCCCUUCCCAGACCGCUGGGCUCGCUUCGCUUGCCUAUAUUUUUCCUAUUCGACCCUGUUUUUUGCCUUUUCCCCCACUGCGGACCUUGGUCGCAGGCUAGUAAAAUAGGGAUUAAGUAUACCUACUAAUGAACCACUAUAGGUUUCACCCGCAUUUGCAACAUACACGUACAGUUAAAAUUUAAUUUUUUUGUUUAAAUCAAUAUUUAACCAGGGGUAUCCAGUUUAGCAAUGCUAGUUUAAAUGGAGCCCUGACACAAACAAAAAAAAAAGACAUAAAAAACAUAAAAGAAACUAGACAGUUAAUUAAGUUAUCAAGUACAGGUAUUAGACUUCACGUAGCGUCUCUAUUUGUCUGACGUUUCCCGUUGGAGGAGGGACUGUGAACAUGCUAUCUAUACUGCAAAUGAAUGCAUCCUAGAGUGCUUCAUCAGCAAGCCUAAUUAAUUCCCAUUUGGCUUUUUCCUUUUUUUCAUUUUCCUUUCCAGCGUUUUUCUAAAACAUCGUUAUUGUAAUUAGGUGUAACAAGAGAUGAUUUCAGAAUAUAAGGUUUUGUUUAAAUGUUAUUUUGUUAUAUUUCGUGUCAUAUAUUUUCCUUAUUUAUUUAAUUUUUUUGUCACUAAUCGAGACACAUUUAAAGGCAAAAAAGAAUUUUUUUUCGUCUCAGGCUUUGAUUUUAUGCUUGGAAAGAAUUUACAUGUAAAUAACAUUGCAUAGCAAUUGUUUUUAACGGGAAAAAGAGCGAAAUAUAAAACAUUCGUCCCCGGGUGGGCUUGAACCACCAACCUUUCGGUGACCAACUAUGUUGUAACAGCCGAACGCGCUAACCGAUUGCGCCACGGAGACACUGUUAAUUGACCAGUUUGUUUUUAAGGUAGAUAAUUGAAAAUAAUUUAACAGUAGAAAAAGAAAAACCACGGCUACGACAUCUAGUGAAAGUGGAGGCUGAUUGCGGCUCUUGCUGUGGUAGAGUAAGUUAUUACAUGUGAAUGUUUUAAUUUUAGGGCGCAAAAGGACCUCAUGGAAAACCAGGAAAGCCAGGACCGCCAGGACUUCCAGUAAAUAAAUUUAGUGUUUGGUUCAAUAAAUGCCUUUUUUCCUUAUUGUUUUUUAUCUGUUACCAUAAACAUAAAUAAAAAAUAAUAUGCUUUGAUUUUUUUCAGGGCUCGAGUGGUCGUAAUGGUGAACAUGGUCGACCAGGACAAGAAGGACACAUUGUAUGAAUAUUUUUUCGCGUAAAACAAACAUCUCUGCUUAGUUAUUUAAGUUAGUUUGGCUUAUUUUAGUUGCUUAGUUAAUUUGUACAGCGAUUCCGAGAUUAGCAGGCAAUGAACUGCCGAUUAAUACUGACAGAGUUUAGGCAGUGCCUUAGCAUUUUGAUAGUGCUGGGCGACAAGUUAUUAACUACCACAAUGCGAUUCAUAUCUGCCCCCUUAUUUUUUUUGUAGAAGAGAGCUUCCUUUUGCUGUCUGACUUCUUUUCUAGCUGUUAGCUUUACUUACAUAGGUCUCUCUUGAUGUAUUUAUCAUCACGACCUUUUUUUCUCGUUCUUUCCGUAUUGUGAUUCAAUAUUUUCCCCUUGCACAUUCGUAGAAGAGAGCUAUCUCUUGCUGUCUUACUUCUUUUCUAGCUAUUGUCACUUUACCUAAAUAGGUCUUGCUGCAUUUAUAAGCAUAACCUUUUUCUGGUCCCAUUUUAGGGUCGACCAGGACCAAUGGGAAGUGCAGGUCCGAAAGGAGGAAGAGGCAAAAAGGUAGUGAACUCGCCUUGAGGCUUUAUUUCUUCUUUUCGUCCCAUAAGUAGGCUUAGUAGUCAGCUUGCCCUAAAAAUGGGACUAUUUAAUUUCGGUGAGUAAAAUACAGUCCUAUUUUCGAGUCAAUUUUGCUCCCUAAACCAGGGCCAAUACAGGACUUUGGCCUGCAGGGCUGAAACAGAUCUAUUUAAUUUUCAGUGUACGUUAUUUAAUGUUCAAUCAUAAACACUUACCAUGCGUAUGCAGUUUUGCAGAAACACCAAAAGAUAACUGAGUCCUUAUGCACGAUUUAAUAUGUAAAUAGCACAUAAUCAUUUUGUUGUAUGCAGAACGAUUUUCUGCUAAGUCAUUGAGAACUCUGUUAUUUUACCGAUGGGAGUUUUUAGUUUUAACGCGCUCGAGGCGUCCAAAUUAAAUUACUAGGUGUUAAAUGUGAUACAUUCACAUUAUUUUCUUUUCUACUCUUAACUAGAUAUUAAUUAAGCUUGAUAGAUCUUAAUUAUAUUCUAACUAAGAGACAGACCAUAGAGAAGGGGAAACUAGACCGUUUUCGGCGAUCCAAAGAAUGCACGGUAACCGUUUGAUGGCGUUUUGAGGCACGGAUAGCUAUGACAAUAUUCCCCUAAGGUUAAUAUUGGCUUUUAUUAAUUCUAAUGAUGAGUCCUUUUUCUUUUCCUUUGUUGAUUUAAAAAAAUGUUCUUUAUCAACAUACAGGGUAUACCCGGGUUUGUCGGAGUAGUUGGCAGUCUAGGAAUGUCUGGAGAAUUGGUAAGAAUUUCUCCCCCUCCCCCCUACAGACCCCACCUCGUCCUUUGCUCUCACUUAUUCCGUAGCUGACUUGCCACGUGUAAGGGAAUCCAAGACAGUCUUGGAUUCUGGAUUCAGGAUUCAGGUAUUGGACUUCGGAUUCCUUGUCAGUGGAUCUUGGAUUUCGGUUUGCAAUCGUUAGCGGGAUUCCGGAUUCCACAAGCAAAAAUUUCCCAGAUUCCAGAAUCCGGAUAUCGUACUGUGCCAGUAACUAUUCUAUCAACCGAAUUCAUAAUUAAGAAAUUAUUAUAAUUAUAAGUAUGUGUAAUCAAAUGGUGAGGAGUGAAAUUAGGGAAUAAUUUCACGCGCGUUUUGUCCAAAUCCUCGCCUUAAGGCUCGGGAAAUUAUUAAGAUUUGGACAAAACGCAAGUGAAAUUAUUCCCUAAUUUUACGAGUAUACCAUUUCAUUACCUAUUAAUAUCAUGGGUGACGAAUUACGUUAGCAAUCUUGGAUUUUUGACAUGUUUAUUCUGGAUCGUAUCGAUCGAGAACUCCACUCUCUUAAAUGUUUAGACCUUACAUUUGGCUUAUAAAGUUCAGAAUUUCAGACUUUUUCGGCAAAAUACCUGUUAGAAUCCUUCUUGAUGUUCUCUUGUGUGUUCAGGUUUUCUAAAGCGUCUUUUUGUGCCCUGACAUCUUCAUUCACGGCAUUUUAAAACUUCGUCGCCAUCUUCACACUGAGACGUAAGGAAGGGUUGCCAUGGCAAUUUUGCAAUUUCACAUGUGAAAUUACAAAUUCACGCUAAAAUUUCGCCCCAAAAUUAAGGAGUCAUUCGUCACCUAUGAUAUCAUUAUUAUUAUUCAUUGCCUAAAAACCAGCGGCCUUCCUGUAUCUAUAUAUCUAGAAACCCUAUGCAUCGUGCCUAGAAAGAGCACCUACUUCCACUAGCCUCUAUGAAGAGAUUUACUGUGUAGUUUAAAGAUAAAAUUCUUUUAGCUAUGUUUGGUUUAAAUAUUUAUUACCGAUGUUUCAUGCUCUUUGUGGUCUUUACAAAUAUUUGUCUUUUUUUUGCAUCCUAGGGAGAUCAAGGACCGGAUGGUACCCCAGGGACACCAGGAGAAGCUGGAUUUAGAGUAUGUUAAAGAUGAUUCAAUACAGUAAGACAACCACAUAUAAGAACAAUUGGAAUAAGAACAUUAGCCUGAAAGUUGAAAUGUUCUUAAUAAUGUACAGUAUUUUGACACAUAUUUUAAGGACUUAUAAGAACAUUAAUUUCACGCUGAUUUCUCACUAAGAACCCGGUAAAUAAGAACUCGAUCAGAUCAGUCUGUACCCCGAAAUCAUAGGUUUUUACUUGUAUGUGCAUGUUUACUGUACAGUUAGAACUGGCAACAUACUUUGCUUUCUCGUGAUACGUAUGCAACUUUUUACCGUCUUUACACAACCACGUAUGCCACUUUUUGUAUGGGUAUGCCAAUUUUAAGGAAAGGUCUAUAAUAUCAAGAUAUCUUAUGGCAAGCGAUUCCUUUGGGGACUUUACAAGUGCUGGCAUUUUUUAGUGCUUUUGGAGCACCUGAAAACUUAUUGAAAAUUUGGUGUAUUUUUUAGACAUUUUUGAGUGACACGCGUUAUGCUGCCAUUGUUGUCCUUCAUACCUGUCCUUAUAUGGCUUUUUUUACUUUUGCAGGGUUUUCCCGGAGAGGAAGGAAAAGAAGGGCUCCCAGGGCGAAACGGACAACCUGUAAGCUAAAUUGUGCUUAAUAAUGGUAAUUGAACUGAGUGCCGGUAGCUCAUUUAGUCUGAAAUCAUAUGGCAUUGCGUGAUUUUGCACGAGUUCGAGUUGAAAUCAGUUUGAUUUCAGAUUAAAAUUACACGACGCGAAGUUCAAGUAACACUUUAUUACGGCCAGUUUGAAAUCAGAGAAUUCAGUCACUGCAUAAAUCUUAUCGAUCUUGUAACCGGUUUGUAUUAUUUACAUCUCAUGAUGCGAUUUAGAAUAUGAACGAUGCGAUCUAGAGUAAAAUAUAGUGUGAUUUGUGAAUAAAUCAGACUGACCGGCUGUUGAUAGCCAAUCAGGUUGCAGGAUGAACAUGCAGUGAUUUCAAAAUGGAUAUAAUAAGGGCUGUAAUGUCGUAGCCUAUUAUUUGCUCGUAUUGUUUUGAAUAGAAUGAGUUGCAGACCCCCUCUUCAUCUUAAUGUGAUUUCGUUUAAUUUCCUGGGAAAUUUGUUUGUUUUGUUUUGUUUUCACUGAGAAAAAAGGGAGCAUUCAAAUCUACCAAGUCAAAGUGAAUUUAAGGUUGAUGUGUUACAUAAUUCAGGAAGCAAAUUAUCUCUGCAACUUUUUUUUCACAACAUUAGGGAUUUUCAGGAGAAGACGGAGAACCAGGAACAAACGGAGAGCCCGGACAAAAGGUAAAGUCACAGCACCAUUUUGCUCGUUUCGUUUCUUUGUCUGUUUUGUUUGGGAAGAGGAGAAAAACAAGGUUAAGGAGAGGUUCACCGCUUAAAGAUGUUUUUCCUAUUAAAAUUGGCUGGUUGUGUCUUCAAAUAUGUUCUAUGGCCCAGGAAUUUUAAGAGCCAUACACGGAUUUGGAUUGUUUUUAUACUAAAAGUAUUGAUAUAAUUAACAGAUGGUAAACGGCCUGGCAUGUACUUUUGAGUUUUUUAGACAGAAACCCCAAAAAUAAAUCAAUAGUUUUUUUUCAAUAGUAAUUCAGUUCUUUCAAUUCCCUUCUAGUUGAAAUUGUAUACCUUCAUUCAUACCAUUGCAUAAGUACACCAUUUCUGUAUUGAAACUAAUUGCGAUAGUACUGUGUUAGGGAGACGAUGGAGUGAAUGGAACCAUGGGUAGACAGGGACAACGAGGUUUAAUUGGAUUAGAUGGUGAACAAGGAACGAAAGGAGAGACUGGGAUACCAGGCGAGCCAGUAAGAAACAUCAGAAACAAUUUUGAUGUUUUGUUUUUAACGUAAUUUAAAGACCUUGCAAGAGUCAUUGAUAAAAUGUUCACAUGAUUUUGAUCAACAAGUUACUACUGUAGGUAGCCUCCUUCGACUAAAAUAGCUUGUUGGUCUGAUUCAGCUGAUUGGCUCGACGCGUCCUAAGUUGGACGUCUAACCCAACAGACCGCGACCUUAACUUAAUUUAGGUCGAUCCGAAUUAGAAUUUGGUUUGUCUCAUGAAAAGUUCGAAGUUUGGCCUAGGCCUUAGAUUGGCAAAACAACAACUCUGCACGUGCAUCACGCUGUUUUGUACAUUUCUUUUCCGUUACUGCAUCGUACGACGUGAAAAUGCCCAAUUUCUCGUUUUGUGGUGGACGUGAACUCAAAGACGGCGACCUUCUUUUUCUUUUCCUGUUCUUCGAUACAAUCUUUUAGAAUUCAACACUAGAAAAAAUUUCCAAAUUUGACGAAUUAAACGAAAUGGAAUAAUCGCGAUAAUGUUUGAAGCAGCGCAAAUGCACUUUUUAAGCUAAGUGACGUUUUAGUUGCUGUCGCCGUCGUUGUUACUUAAGCUCCCUUGUUGCUGUUUUUUGCCCGUAGGGGGGAGACGGCAAAGAUGGGGCUCCUGGAUUGAGAGGACAAACAGGACCACAGGUUUGAUCGAGAUAAACAAUUAAUACAGUGUUUGUAUGUGAUAAAAGAACGAUGCUAAAAUUUGUAGGAAAUAAAGAAUAAAGGUCAAGAAAACUUACUCUUCAGUUAGUUGUUGUUGUCGUUAAUGCUCAAACGAAUUUAUGUGAUAAUUUGCUAAAAAUCUUAGUCACCCCUGUUGGAUUCAGUAAAUCAGAAGUUUACAAAUUGCAGCUAUCAAAAAUAUCAUUAGCUUCGACUCUAGUUGGGAUUUUUUCGGAAUUUUAUCGUACCUUCACAUAACAUUCUUUUAUAUUUUUAUCUCUUAGUCCAUUUGCCUAGUUUUCGUUAGUUGACUUUUUUAAAAAUUCAUCAAGUUUAGAUAAACAGUUCAAGUUUUAGUUUUAGUUUAAUUUGCGAAAGUGGUUAUAGCUUGGGUACCAGAGUUUUUUCUCGCGUCCGGUAGUCGCUUGGCGCAGUAGAUGUUGCCACCGAAGGCUGAAACCGCGAAAGACGCAGCAUAUGAAAGUCUCUGGCCCCCAUCGUGUAGUGGUGAGCGUUUUCCACAACAAGUAAGACUUAACUUUAUGAAUUAACGUAAUGGAGUUAUUUGUCUUUCUGCUGCCUUUAACUUGCAGGGAUCAAAAGGAAUGGCUGGUGAUAAAGGCGAGAGAGGACCAACUGGACUGCAGGUUCUUUUUUAUGUUUAUUACAGUCUUGUUGAUUUGAUUUAGAGUUUGAAACGUCAGGGUGAAAACACUCUUUUCGAAACAAAUUGGAUUUUUUUUUCUUAGUUUAUUUGUUUCCCUUUUGGCGUAGAACGGUGAGCAAUGGGCGGGAGUAGAAAAUGGGUCGAAAGAGAUCAUCAUGCCUCUCAGUUUGCAAGCUGCAGGAAUUAGCUCCAUGCCCUCGUAUUCAUAUGCUCUCUCGAGGGAAAAUCCUCUUUUAUUAGUGAUACUUUGUCAAUUUCAGGGAGAUACUGGAUUUACAGGAGUACAGGGACCGCCUGGUAAAAAUGGAGCGACAGUAAGAAAAAUUGCCUGCCAACUUUUAUUGAAAAUAAUUCAUUUCUUUUCAUGGUUGCUCUUCCAUGGGAGUAUAUGAAUUGAAUCAUAUUUGUUCUAAUUCUUUCGUACUCUCUUUGGGUCUGAUGUAUAGACGAUUAGACUUACUUAGACUACACUUUGCAUCAGUAGACCUUUAUAUCUUCUCAUUAGUGUGUGGGUUCAAGUAGACAAAUGCUUUUCUUCUCUGCUCCGGCGCUAUUGCUUACUCAGCACUGUUUACAAUGAAGAGCCUCAUGUACAUCUACUAGGUGAUUGGCCAAUGUGAAAAUGACUAGGAAGGCGCCUUUAUAAGGCAGUGGCUAAGUUCUUGUUAAAUAUCGAUGUCUUAUGUGUGUUAGGGCAUGACGGGAGAACAAGGCCAGGAUGGAAAUACUGGACCCAAAGGACCCAAGGUAAGCCCAUUUUUACCCUGGAAUUUUUUCCGGUUUAGGACAGGAAGAAAGGUCAAACUUCACAUGGAACGAACCACAUGCUAUUGAGCGCGGAGANUCAGUAGACCUUUAUAUCUUCUCAUUAGUGUGUGGGUUCAAGUAGACAAAUGCUUUUCUUCUCUGCUCCGGCGCUAUUGCUUACUCAGCACUGUUUACAAUGAAGAGCCUCAUGUACAUCUACUAGGUGAUUGGCCAAUGUGAAAAUGACUAGGAAGGCGCCUUUAUAAGGCAGUGGCUAAGUUCUUGUUAAAUAUCGAUGUCUUAUGUGUGUUAGGGCAUGACGGGAGAACAAGGCCAGGAUGGAAAUACUGGACCCAAAGGACCCAAGGUAAGCCCAUUUUUACCCUGGAAUUUUUUCCGGUUUAGGACAGGAAGAAAGGUCAAACUUCACAUGGAACGAACCACAUGCUAUUGAGCGCGGAGAUUGAUAGACUUUCCUCAUCAGCAUUAGGUUGGUCACAUGUGAAGUUCGACGCUUGAAUCAGACCCAUAAAUUCUUUCUCUCCUUUUUCAUACUCUUUCGUAUAUAGAUAUAUAUGAUUGAAAUGUAGAGAGAGUACUUUACAAACAUGUACAUAGAAGAAAAAAAUUAUUCUCUACAUGUUAAUUGACUGGUCCCCAAUAUUAGCGUAAGCUUUGUUUCUCAUAUUAAAAACAGUUUAAAAAGUUAAAAAUGACGAAGUUCCGACGUUCAACUAACGUCAGUAUCGAGCAAAAAAGAAGUGUCUGUUGCAGAGUAUAAACACUAAUUAAAUAAACAGUGCUUCUUUAAAACCUAAUAAAAUAUAAAGUGUCAAGAAUGUUAGUUCAAAUAAAGACUUUUACACAAAUUUAAUCGGCCUGGGUUUUCAAGCUUGGCUUGAUCUUUUUUAUAAACAGCAUUCAUAAAUUAGGCGUUCAAACUUCGUUUGACACUUUCGCAGAAGUCGAAAUUGGCCCUCUUUGGGGUUACCUAAUUGCUCUUGAGCUUCUGCAAGGUGUUUACCGAUAGCGGAAUUGUUAUGUUCAACACUGCGUUGGUGGAGAUGUCGGUUGUAUACCCAACAUAAUCUGCAUUGCGCAGAUCACAUGAGAAAGUGUAAACAGCGCAUUGUUGAUUUCAAUAGGCGGCUUUAUUUCUUUUAGCUUGAGAUUUUGUUUUAUUUGUUUAUUUAUUAUUUUUUUGUUAUUCUUAUUUAACUAGAAUUAAGGCAAAAAAAAGAUAAUUGUUGUUGUUGUUGCUGUUAUAAUAUUCAUUUGAUUUAUUUCCACCAUAUUUGUAAAACGGACAGUCCUCAACAGUAUCUAAUUCGCCUGUGGAAAAAUGUUGACCAUUUAACAUUUUGUCAAUACUGUAGGGUGUUGAAGGGCAUCAAGGGCCUCCUGGACCACAAGGUUAUGCUGGAGGGGAGGUAAGUGUGACAGAAUCUCAAAAAUAUUAUGCAUCAGUUGGCAUUCGAUACCUUUAAAAUUGGGCAAUCAGGGGUAGUUCAAAGAAAUUAAAUUAUCGUAAGUCCCGUCUGUUAUGUUUUUGAAGGAAUUUGUUUUGAGAGCACAGAUUGUCCAAUUUUAAAAAGUCUUACGCUAGUAAGUACGAUGAUUAUUUAACUUAUCAUCAAAUCAUUUAAAAGGAUUUGGCUUAUAAUACAUGUAGGUUGCUGUACGUAUGUCACUGAGGACAUCAUGGGUUGUCAUGGGAGACGGUAAAGAACAAACGGAGCCUUUGAACUCAGAAGUCCUCAUUCCCAGAAUACAUCGAGAGGACUAAAUGUGUAAACGUUGAACGAGUUAUUAUGCUUUUAGUCAUAGCGUAGCUCCUCGAUAAAUAAUUCACACACGCAUUUCCUUGGUUUACCCCGUCUAACUGACAAAGAAACGAAAUAGUUACAAUGAAUAAUUUAAAUAGUUACAAUGAAUGAUUUACCGCAUAAACGUAAUCGGUAAUACCAACAAAUGCUUGUGCUAUACGAUUUAUGAAGCCAAAUACGAAAUAUGUACAUGUGAAGAUCAUACAAAGUAAUAUAUUCAACACGAUGACAGCACAACCACUUUGACAGCCAUUUUUCGGUUAUAUUUUUCCAGGGAAACAGAGGACCGCAAGGAGAUCCAGGAGCUCCUGUAAGAGCAUAAUUAGCUUUUCGUGAAAUAUGUAAAAAUAUAUAUAUUCAUAAUCACAGGAGUUCAGGCUUCAGGAGUAAUCAUUGAUCGUUUAUUGCGACAGUGCUGUUUUGUAUGGUCCGAAAUUGUAGGACCACACUCAUCAGGCAACUUCAACGAUUGACCGUUAAAAUUAAAAGCUGGAAGUAAAAUAUAGGGAUGCGUUAAGAGAUAGUAUCUAGGUAACAGAUGAAUUGUGUCUUAGUUACAUUACUCUAGAGUUCUGAAGUACAUAUCUGUUUCUGUGGAAGCAUGAACUCGCUAGUUCGUUUCGCCUGUUUAUAGGCUACAAAGCUCUUUUUUACAAAUGAUGAUGAACUUUUCAUUAAGACAAAGAUUACAUUUUUUUGCUUAUGUUGCUAUAGGCUUUACAUUUCUUUAAAACUUUCCAUUUUAUCGGGAAAGGUUUGUUAGAGUCCUGUAAAGUCCAAAUAUAUUUUGAGAGUUCCGUUUCAUUUCUUCUGUUCGAGCGUCGAAAGGAGGACUGAUGGUUUCUGUAACGUUCCUUGAGUGUGGUCCUACAAUUUCGGACCAUACCACUGUCGCAAUAAACGAUCAAUGAUUACUCCUGAAGCCUGAACUCCUGUGAUUAUUUGUAGUCAAUACUCCUCAAUUAAAUGAAUUGAGCGCUCUACGUAAUACGUUCUACCCAGAAUACAAGUAAAAAAAAUAUAUAUAUAUAUUUUUAAUUUUCGGAAGUGUUGUGAACGAUGUGUAGCACUUAGGAGGCUAUUUCUAUCUGUUGCUGGUUUUAUACCUUAUCUUUGCUAUAUUUUCUCUUAAAGCAUGCGCAUUUGUUUAUAUAAUAAACCAAGAGAGUAUAAAGGAGCAUUACUUUUUAGACUAAGUUCACUUUCCUUUUUGUUUUGCCUUUCCUGCCCAUUUAUUUAAUCAGCUUCCUAUCCUACUGGAUAUUCUAAGCCGAUAAUACUACUUUAUACUUUCUUGUGUAAACGGAUUUUGAGGCCUUUAUUGUCUUCGCAGGCGGUAAUUUCAAUAUGCUUCUUCGCCGUGUUAAUGCUGUUUUAUAUCUGUAGUGAAAUGUUUAAAUUGGUAAAUCCAGUAACGCUAUAUAAUUUUGGUAAUUAUUUGCUAAUAGAAUAUUGAUCAUGGUUUUCUGUUUUCUUUGCAAGGGAGAGAGAGGAAGUAGGGUAAUGUUUUCUACUUUUCUUUUAGGAUCAUUUUAUAACCUUUGUUAGUAAUUGGUUUCUUAUUUAUGUUCUCAUUUGCUUUUGUUUUCAUUCCAACCAAUAAUUUGCCAAUAGAACUGAAAGUUUCUUUUUUUCUGCAGGGGGCAGAUGGACGUACAGUAGGUUGAUUUGUUUGUUUGAACUGUCAUCAUUUUUUUAAAUAACUUAUAUGGAGAACGAAAACUAAACGUUUAGGACGUUUACGAUUUUUAAAAAGUAUUUAAACGUAAAAGACAUCAACAGAUGAACGAACGAGGUUGUUGAUCCUGAAGUGUGCCCAGUAAAAUUCUCAAUAAAUUAAACUGACACGGUAGAGUAUUAUUAAUAGAAAUUGAGCACAAAAUAAUAUAUUAUGUGGAACAUGACGAUACGAAGCUUCAAGUUAGAUAGGCCAGCCACUUCGGAAUCAGAUUUUCUUUCGUAUCGCACGAGGAAAAAUAACUUAGUUUGAGAGUUUUUGCUGGACUGUUCACAGUUCCCUAUUUUUCCGUACGAUGGUCGAGAUCGAGCACGAACUCGUAGGGUCGGCCAUCUUGGUUCCAAAUGUACCGAGUCCCGCGUGGGGAUGAGUAUCAGUUAAAUCUACUUAAGGGGUGGAGGAGGGUUUGUGCCUUCCCCCCUCCAACACUUUUAUUUCCGACGCCCGCCCCCUCGGUACCUUUGAGCCAAGAUGGCCACCUGUAACUCUCGAUGAUCUCACGGAAGAAUAGGGGGUCCUAAACAGUCUACUGGGACACAACUUUCAAAUGUUCAUAAGGUUUCAUCGCCUCUAAAAUCUUGGCUAAGGAGACUUUAAACAGUUUUUCUGUGCAUUCUUUUUCCGUAGAAUGAUCAAACGAACAUAGCCACAAACACUGCAGCUCUUAAAAUACCGUUUUACUUGUUAAUAACUGUUAUUUUUUUCGACGAGAUCUGCUUUAUUGUUCAUGUCUCCUUGCACUACACGUGUUUGCUUUCAGGGACCCCCUGGGCCACCAGGACCACCUGGAGAGCAGGUAUGUUCUUUGAUUAGUAUGGUUUGUAUUCCAUCUUUUAUUUUAUUGCUUUUGUAUGUAGGCUAAGUCACACGAUAUUCCUUUCAUAAUAAGUGUUUUAUAGCCAAAGAAAGUGUUCGAUUGCUGAGCGAUAUUUUUAUUUGUACUGACUUCUGACUUCCUCCUGUAACAUGCAGGGACCACCGGGUCGUCUCAAAAUAACAAAUCCUGACUGGGUACGUAGCUACUAUUGUCUUUUUCAUUGUUAUCUAUGUAAGAUGCUUUAUGUAGCGUCGAAUGUGCUCAGUUUCAGUUUCAGUUUAUUUGUUUGCCGGAAAAAUUACAUUUACAUACAGAGAUUCAAUAUAUUACAAAAAUGUCAUUUAAAGAUUAAGGAGACGUAAAUUAUACGUAAGAGUAUUAAAAGUAUUUUUCUGGCGAGGAAGCUCAAAUAGAAAACUUGGGGCUUAUUGAAUGAGCCCCCUCCCUAAACUAUGACUAAAUAUAAAGGAUAAAUAAUCCAUUUCGAUCCCCGUGUUGGUGCUUCUGGCCCUUUUCAGUGAACCGGCCAGAGUCAGUUAGCUGCUUGUUAAUCAAUUCUGCGCCUUAUAGCGUUUUAUAAAAUAACAGAGCAAAAGCGCAUGCUCAUCCAACAAUCAAAUAAAUAUUAACUUAAAAAGACGAUAUCGACGAGGUUUUUUAUUCCGAUUUUGACUUUCCAUACGCAGUUAAUGAUAUACAUUCUGUGGGUACAAUAGUUAUUGCACCUAUUUUGCGCUUAUCAACCUCCUGCGUGCAUAACUUGAGUUUACUUUAUCUAUAUACUAUAAUCCCACUCCCUGUAAUGUUGAUACAGUAUUAAGUAAACGUAAUGUAUCUUUAGAUUUAUGGAAGCCAAAACAAAGGUCCAGGAUUCAGACUCUACUCGUCAAAAGUGGACCACACUCAUCAGGCAACUUCAACGAUUGACCGUUAAAAUUAAAAGCUGGCAGUAAAAUAUAGGGAAGCGUUAAGAGAUAGUAUCUAGGUAACAGAUGGAUUGUGUCUUAGUUACGUUACUCUAGAGUUCUGAAGUACAUAUCUGUUUCUGUGGAGGCAUGAACUCGCUAUUUCGUUUCGCCUGUUUAGGCUACAAAGCUCUUUUUUUACAAAUGAUGAUGAACUUUUCAUUAAGACAAAGAUUACAUUUUUUGCCAAUGUUGCUAUAGGCUUUACAUUUCUUUAAAUCUUUCCAUUUUAUCUGGAAAGGUUUGUUAGAGUCCAGUAAACUCCAAAUAUAUUUUGAGAGUUCCGUUUCAUUUCUUCUGUUCGAGCGUCGAAAGGAGGACUGAUGGUUUCUGUAACGUUCCUUGAGUGUGGUCCUACAAUUUCGGACCAUACGAAACAGCACUGUCGCAAUAAACGAUCAAUGAUUACUCCUGAAGCCUGAACUCCUUUGAUUAUUUGUAGUCAAUGCUCCUCAAUUAAAUGAAUUGAGCGCUCUACGUAAUACUUUCUACCCAGAAUACAAGUAAAAAAAAAUAUAUAUAUAUAUAUAUAUAUAUAUAUUUUUUCAAUUUUCGGAAGUGUUGUGAACGAUGUGUAACACGUAGGAGGCUAUUUCUAUCUGUUGCUGGUUUUAUACCUUAUCUUUGCUAUAUUUUCUCUUAAAGCAUUUGUUUAUAUAAUAAACCAAGAGAGUAUAAAAGAGCAUUACUUUUUAGACUAAGUUCACUUUCCUUUUUGUUUUGCCUCUCCUGCCCAUUUAUUUAAUCAGCUUCCUAUCCUAGUGGAUAUUCUUAGCCGAUAAUACUACUUUAUACUUUCUUGUGUAAACGGAUUUUGAAGCCUUUAUUGUCUUCGCAGGCGGUAAUUUCAAUAUGCUCCUUCGCCGUGUUAAUGCUGUUUUAUAUCUGUAGUGAAAUGUUUAAAUUGGUAAAUCAAGUAACGCUAUAUAAUUUCAGUAAUUAUUUGCUAAUAUAAUAUUGAUCAUGGUUUUCUGUUUUCUUUGCAAGGGAGAGAGAGGAAGUAGGGUAAUGUUUUCUACUUUUCUUUUAGGGUUAUUUUAUAAUCUUUGUUAGUAACUGGUUUCUUAUUUAUGUUCUCAUUUGCUUUUGUUUUCAUUUCAACCAAUAAUUUGCCGGAAGAACUGAAAGUUUCUUUUUUUCUGCAGGGGGCAGAUGGACGUACAGUAGGUUGAUUUGUUUGUUUGAACUGUCAUCAUUUUUUUAAAUAACUUAUAUGGAGAACGAAAACUAAACGUUUAGGACGUUUACGAUUUUUAAAGAAAGUAUUUAAACGUAAAAGACAUCAACAGAUGAACGAACGAGGUUGUCGAUCCCGAAGAGUACCCAGUAAAAUUCUCAAUAAAUUACACUGACACGGUGGAGUAUUAUUAAUAGAAAAUAAUAACAAAACAAAUAUAUUAUGUGGAACAUGACGAAACGAAGCUUCAAGUUAGAUAGGCCAGCCACUUCAGAAUCAGAUUUUCUUUCGUAUCGCACGAGGAAAAAUAACUUAGUUUGAGUGUUUGUUGGACUGUUCACAGUUCCCUAUUUUUCCGUACGAUGGUCGAGAUCGAGCACGAACUCGUAGGGUCGGCCAUCUUGGUUCCAAAUGUACCGAGUCCCGCGUGGGGAUGAGUAUCAGUUAAAUCUACUUAAGGGGUGGAGGAGGGUUUGUGCCUUCCCCCCUCCAACACUUUUAUUUCCGACGCCCGCCCCCUCGGUACCUUUGAGCCAAGAUGGCCACCUGUAACUCUCGAUGAUCUCACGGAAGAAUAGGGGGUCCUAAACAGUCUACUGGGACACAACUUUCAAAUGUUCAUAAGGUUUCAUCGCCUCUAAAAUCUUGGCUAAGGAGACUUUAAACAGUUUUUCUGUGCAUUCUUUUUCCGUAGAAUGAUCAAACGAACAUAGCCACAAACACUGCAGCUCUUAAAAUACCGUUUUACUUGUUAAUAACUGUUAUUUUUUUCGACGAGAUCUGCUUUAUUGUUCAUGUCUCCUUGCACUACACGUGUUUGCUUUCAGGGACCCCCUGGGCCACCAGGACCACCUGGAGAGCAGGUAUGUUCUUUGAUUAGUAUGGUUUGUAUUCCAUCUUUUAUUUUAUUGCUUUUGUAUGUAGGCUAAGUCACACGAUAUUCCUUUCAUAAUAAGUGUUUUAUAGCCAAAGAAAGUGUUCGAUUGCUGAGCGAUAUUUUUAUUUGUACUGACUUCUGACUUCCUCCUGUAACAUGCAGGGACCACCGGGUCGUCUCAAAAUAACAAAUCCUGACUGGGUACGUAGCUACUAUUGUCUUUUUCAUUGUUAUCUAUGUAAGAUGCUUUAUGUAGCGUCGAAUGUGCUCAGUUUCAGUUUCAGUUUAUUUGUUUGCCGGAAAAAUUACAUUUACAUACAGAGAUUCAAUAUGUUACAAAAAUGUCAUUUAAAGAUUAAGGAGACGUAAAUUAUACGUAAGAGUAUUAAAAGUAUUUUUCUGGCGAGGAAGCUCAAAUAGAAAACUUGGGGCUUAUUGAAUGAGCCCCCUCCCUAAACUAUGACUAAAUAUAAAGGAUAAAUAAUCCAUUUCGAUCCCCGUGUUGGUGCUUCUGGCCCUUUUCAGUGAACCGGCCAGAGUCAGUUAGCUGCUUGUUAAUCAAUUCUGCGCCUUAUAGCGUUUUAUAAAAUAACAGAGCAAAAGCGCAUGCUCAUCCAACAAUCAAAUAAAUAUUAACUUAAAAAGACGAUAUCGACGAGGUUUUUUAUUCCGAUUUUGACUUUCCAUACGCAGUUAAUGAUAUACAUUCUGUGGGUACAAUAGUUAUUGCACCUAUUUUGCGCUUAUCAACCUCCUGCGUGCAUAACUUGAGUUUACUUUAUCUAUAUACUAUAAUCCCACUCCCUGUAAUGUUGAUACAGUAUUAAGUAAACGUAAUGUAUCUUUAGAUUUAUGGAAGCCAAAACAAAGGUCCAGGAUUCAGACUCUACUCGUCAAAAGAGGUAAUUUCUAUUUACGAUCCUCUCACGCAUUGACAUAAUUACCCGUAAUUAUUUUUUGGGUGGGCGAGAACUCUAUAUUUUUGGGGCUUUGAUAAUAGAGCGAGAUUGAAGAAUGGAGUAAUCAGGAGUAAAUUAAUUCAAUUACAAUAUCUCUCCAGUGCCACGCAGUUAGGGCGCCGGUAGAUUCUAAUGACAUCUAAUCCAGAUGUCGUGAGGUCAUCCUCACCAGGAUCGAAAAGAUUUUCUUUUUUAAAAGUCCUUGUUUAUCUCUCUUCCUUUUCUACUAAUUGCUCUUCAGGAGGGAUUUGUAGAGUUUUUCACAGAGUUUUAUAUCAUUUAUUAAGGUGAAUAAGAACAUAUGCUACUAGGCUUAACAUUCUUUGUUUAUGACAAUCUUCUUUUUUUUUUUUAAAUUAUUAAUAAAUAAGAAGCCGCUUAAUAAGUAACUGUAAUAAUGGCAGCCACCUUAGUUUUUAACUCUUCUUCAAUAUUUGAAUAAAUGGUAAAGUAAUUAAUCUUUUCCUACAGAAAGAAGAGGGAGAGCCUGACGAGACAUUAAAUUAUUUGACGGCCCUUCGUAAUGUUAUUUAUUUCUACACAUCACAAAGCGGUACUAGAAAUUCUCCCGCAAGAUCUUGCAGAGAACUUCACCUUGAGCAUCCUGAUUACCCGAGUGGUAAGUGAGGCGUGCGCGUCCUUCGUUUCACUUGCAGUGCAAAACUCAGAGUUUGUUUAUUACUAGAAAUAAGUGUCUGGCAAAACCUUGUGGAGCUCUGGGGAAGAGGUCAACAGAAGGAAAUAAAUGGUGACAGCCAAGAAAAAAGGAAAAAGUAAAGGAAAAAGAAGAGGCAUGAAUUAGGCGGAACUCGCUCACGGGACUUAUUACAUGAUUGGAAACAGCUAACUCACUACGCAAAGCUUCUGUCAUUCCGUCUAUUGCCGAAAAACGGUGCUAGUCAAUACAUUUUUCUGUUCAAUAUCUUGACGAAAAGAACCAAAACUUCAAAACUUCUCGAAACCUUACUUACAAGGCGAGCACUAGGCUUUCUUUUGUUCUUGAUGGUACAUUGCUGCUUUCAAACUUUGGGUAUGCGGUUUUGUUUGUCAACCUUUUGUUGCUAGGCAACUGAGGACACCAACCCGAUAUUCAUAGAUAAAGGAUGAGUUUCCAAAGAUCAAGGAAGACAGGCAUGUGUCCUUCUCCACUGCGCGCUCCAUUUCCACUCGCGCAUUUCUCAACCGUUUACUACGUGGACAAUGUCAUGUCCGAAAAGGGUUCAUUUCUUAUUGUUAAGACGACACCGGUUUUUUUAGGUCCCCAAAUCCAAGCCAGGAGAAUAAACCGGAUACUUCUGCCACUUUCGACCCUCUCCUUAUCCGUUAUCGAUUUCUUGGUCCUAUGGGAUGAGUUUGUUACGACUGUAUUAUCAAUUUUUCUUGUUUUUCUCUUUUCCCCAAGGCAAGUACUGGGUGGAUCCAAACGAAGGCUGUUAUAACGACGCAGAAUACGUGUACUGCGAUUUCGAAAGAGGAGCCACUUGUGUUUUUCCAGAUAACAAAGAGGUUAUCAUUUAACUUCAACUUUGCUUAUCAUUUACCUACCCUUUAUCAAGAAUGUGUUACAGUUAAACGUUGUCCACACACUAAGUUAAACCUUUUCCACAAAGAUGCUAACGAUAAUGGAGUAUUUUACAUUGCCCAUUUACAAUGAUUUACAUGAAAUACGCCUUACACCCGGUUCAAAUUUCGCAUUUGAUCAUAGCUCAAAACGCUCUAGCUCUAAUAACUCUGAUGCUGGCGCUUUGCGUAAGUUUCACGUGACAGAAGGUCAGAGCGCGUGAUCAGAUUGCGUUCUAUGCAUUCCAUUCAUUCCUGGCCUCAUACGUCUCAAGCAUGCGUAAUAGGAAUCUGGAGAUAAGGAUUGCCGGCUGCUAAUGUCGCCCGCAAUUAGGUUUGGGUGCACUUUCAUGGAUUGGGUGCACUUUUGAACCCAGUCGAAUGCAAUCGAUGUUAGGCAUUCCUAGCCAUCCUCCUGAACGUCAGAAAACGGCUAGACUACGAGUAGUCCCCCAGUUUUCCUCAGGGAUAGUAGAGCGAGCGAAACGCGAGCGCGCGUGAAAAUCAUCCCACGCGAGAAAGGCGGGACGCAGUGGGGAGAGAGGAACCCUCUACUAUCCCUGAGGAAAAAUGGGGGACAAAUCGUACUCUAGAAAACGGCCAACAAAGGUUUUUUUUUGCCUUUUCUAAUCCCUCUCUCCUUUCAAAAUCAAAGACAGGGAGAUCCCACUUAGACGCUUAUAACUCAAGCUUGAAGCCUACAAUGCAGACUAUUUAGCUCAUUGUAGAAAUUCAUGCGUGUCCAUGUUUUCUUUCAUCACAGAUUAAAUUUCUGGACGCACAACCAUUUCAAUGGAUGGGUGAAAGAACUGAUACACAACUCGUAAGUUAAUCAAUGUUUAAUAAAGAUGAGUGGCAUAACUAGUACAUGAUGUACACUUAUGUCUAACGACAUCUUAAUGGCAAGUAAGGCUAUGUUCAAACCAUCCCGGCACGAGAAGAGGGUCUCAUGAGCUAAUUCCAAGUCCCGAGGGUUUAGGGUACUUCCUAGUAGCAGGCUAAUGGGUAUGUGCCGCUGGAUGGGGUUGCAUUUUCACGACUGGAUUGACUAUUAUGGGGUUGCACUUUAAAAAGAGUUACUAAAAUGGGGUCGCACAUUUUUAGGAUUUUGUGGGUCAGAAAAUUGAGGUAUGUCGGGAAUAAAAAAUAGAAAGAUUAACACCACAUUAAGUUUAACAAAUGUGUCAGUUCAAUCCAGGAUGACCAAGUUAAAAAGCUUUAUAGGCUAGAUGCAUAAACAGAAAGUGACUAGGUUAGGAUUGCGAAAAGUACUUAUUUUCCCAAAGUGAGUAAGACAGGGUUUUUAAAAUAUCCACAGAAUAGACUAUAAUGGGGGUAGGGAUUCUGAGAGGCCAGCGGCACAUACCCAGCAAAAGUUAACCCAAGUAACCCCCCGGGUUCCAAGUCUUCUCCCUGAAUAUUAACUUUUGUCUCAGUGGAUUCCAGUCCUCAGCCCUAAUUAUUCACUUCCGAUACGGUCCGGAUACCUGGUGCUACUGUACCAAAGUGUGUCACAGAACCUAUCCGAUAUGUGACGCUCCACUUUCGAGAUCGGCACGACGCAGUGUCGCCGGUUACAGAAAUCGCGCCAAAAUCACCGUUCUUAUGUGUAAACAGAAGCCGUUUUCGGUAUAGUUUUCAUACCGGCGCGAGAGCUUUCCGGUAUGCAGUGAACUCUCGCCUUGCGGACACGUGCUCUAACGGACACCCCGACUGAUAAUACGGACAACAGCUAAAUCCCAGGCAAAAAUAAAUUACAGACGUUUGACUGCAAUAAACUCCCAUUAUUACGAACUGUCGCUAAUGAGGACACGAACUCGACGUCCCAACAUUGUCCGCUAUGGACAGAGUUGACCGUAGCGUGAGCAUAGCCUAAAUCACACCCUGACUGAAUCGGAUAUUAGAUUUAAUUUCCCUUUAACAUUUUAAAAUACGUGAUCUGGAGGUAUUUAUUUAUACAGUGUUGCGUAUUUAUCCCCUAAUAUUAUUUAUUUGCAAAUAAUCAAUUUUUUUUGCUUUUCAGAUAAAUUACGGUAUGAAUUCAGUACAGAUGCAAUUUUUGCGACUUUUAAGUAGAAGCGUGAGCCAAAAUAUCACAUAUCACUGCUUGAAUUCUCGCGCCUGGGAAGAUUUUGACGGUCUCACCAUUAAGUUACAGGGAGAUAACGACAUGGAGCUGACAAGUUCAGAGAAAACUAGACCAGUUGUUGUUACAAAUGAAUGCAAGGUAAAUGCCAUCGUACACGUAAAUAAAACAUCAGCAUAACUAACUUAUUUUCGUCGAGAAAAGUAUUUUCCUUUCGUCAGAGAUACAAAUUUCCCUGCAUACCCACCCACCCACAGGAUCAAACCCACAAUAGACCAUUUGGUAAUCCCAGUGAAGUUCAAAAUACAAAAGCCCUAAUUUGCAGAAGAAAGCAAAAGCCUGAAGGAUUCUGGUCGUAGAAGUAAAAUGACGUCAUCGUACACAUGCAAAUGACCUAUUGUGGGCCCCGUCACACUUCUUCCUUCUAUUUGCGGAAACCAUAUUCACGACGAAAUCGUUGUAGGUUUUGUAAACGUACAUGAUUUGGCCCGUUUUUCUCCUGUCCCGUUAAGCUGCCCAUGAUUCCAUCGAGAUGCACUCUGUCAAUUUUUGUCAAUUGACCACUCCAGAAAUACCAUAACAUACCAUAAUGCUCUUUAUUUGUCAACCCGAAAUUUUGCAUAGGCAUUUUAAUUUGUCUUCAGUUUCUCUUGGGGGUUAAAAUGGCCCGAAGAGAAACUGAAAACAAUGCUUAUGCAAAAUUUUGGGGUGACAAACAAGAGCAUUAUGGUAUGUUAUGGUAUUUUCUGGAGUGGUCAAUAUGACUUUUGCAAUAGUUGGUCACGUGAUCAACUUUCCGUAAACACUAAAACAGGUCGCUUUUGGCAAAAACAAAAUUUUACAUAAGCGAAAAGUUUUCGUGUCCAGGUGACCAACUAUUGCUAAAGGCCUCUAAAAAGGAGUGCCUUUCAAGUCUGUAGUCCAUUCAAAUAAAACUUUAAUUCCUUCGUUAUUUUUACAUGUCCUACAUAAAGACACAAUUGUCUUUCUUGAAUUCUUUCUGCUUUCAACAAUAACUUGUAAAGCUGAUAAAAAAAUAAUGAAGGGGUUAGUUUUAAAAGAGUUGGUGGUGCUUCGCCAUGAAGAAGUGAAUUUCAGAAGGCCUUUUUCAAAAAAAUACCGUGAUAAUACUCUUUGUUGUCCCUCCAAAAUUUUGCAUAAGCACUGUGUUCAAUUUCUCUUGGGACUUACAAUUGCCCCAAGAGAAAUCGAAAACAAUUUUUGAGGGACAACAAAGAGUAUUUAUGGUAUUCACCAUUUUCACAUAGACCAUAAUGCUCCUUGUUUACCCACCAAAAUUUUGCAUAACCAGUGUCUUCGAUUUCUCUUGAGACCACUGUAAUAUCCAGGAGGAAUUGGAAACAAUGGUUAUGCAUAAACAAGAUGCAUUAUGGUCUAUGUGUAAAUAGCGAAUUGUUGAGAGAGGCCUUUAAGUUAGCUUCAUCAAAUGAGUUCAAUUUACCACAUGUUUGAAAAUCUAAUGAGUUAAAGGGUUCAUUGAUUGAUGACUGGCUCUUUCGGUUGAUUAAUUGAUUGGUUAAUUGAUCGAUUGAUGUAUGGUUUGAUUGACUGACCUAAUUCCGUUUUGUGCCAUUAUUGUUAACUGGCAGGUACAUGAUAAUCAGUGGCAUCAAACUAUCCUGGAAUUUAACACAACCGUCAAGGAAGCUUUGCCAGUGAUCGAUGCUGCUCCUUACGAUGUCGCUGACCGGGCUACAGACCUCAAGCAAGACUUCAUCAUCGAAUUAGGACCCGUCUGUUUCUUAUAUUAG